AUGGAGUUCACCCACAAAGGUGUCGAGCUGUUUGCGAUUGCGUCCCUGGCAGUGGAGGCGAUCUUUGCCCUCAAAGUGCUAUGCCUAGCUUGUUCUUAUGGGCAGCUCAUCAGGCAGAAGGUUCGAAAUGCCGCAGCAGCGUUGGGUAGAUUCGCAUCGCAGCCGUACAUAUCCAGACGGAGCACCGAGGAGAAGAUCAGGUUUGAGGAAGUGUGCCAGCUGCGAGUUCAGAUGAUUCCCUUUUACAUGGGGUGUUGCAUUGUGAUGUCACAGCUUGGUCUCAUUACCGGUCUCUCCCAUGUAACUCUGGAUGGGUGGGUGCAGCCUGGAGGUUACUGGACAUCCUUUGCGCUUUGCGUGGCAAACAUGACCUAUUUGUUCAACCCACGAGUUGUAUCAAAAGCCACCAUGAACUUUUGGUAUGUUUUGCACAUGGCCUUCGGUGCUUUGUUUCUGGCGCCUUGGUCAAUAACUCCCGCGCAGACAUUCAAUGCAUCCCUGGCGGUGCUUGCGCUCAUACGACUGCCUGCGAUACUGUUUGCUACUACCCCUUUUCUGGUUGUUGGUUGCAAUCUGGGAGUUAGUGCUCUGCUCCUUGUGCGCACGAUGUCUGAAACUUGGGCUCCGCCGGCCUGCGACAUUUUGCAGCCAGCGCUUACGCUGCUUUGCGGCGAAGUGCUCGGUCUUGCUUUGACUACUUGUUCGGCCUUCGCUUUGAAUGGGCUUCUGCACCACAAGGUUCGGCGGGACACCCGGCACAAAAACACCACAAGCCAGUUGGUGGCAGCGUCUUCGCUGCUCAGCCUCACCUGCGAUGCAGUCGUUGAGCUUGAUGCCGACCUCCGGAUUACAAAGGACUCUCCUCAGUUGGCUACCAUGUUGCUCAGAGACAGGGCUGGUGCCACCGUGAAGGGCAUGAUGUUUACGGAUCUGAUGCCGACAGAGCAUGAAGCGGAACGAGCCUAUGAGAUACUCUCUGGCAGGAGCUGCACAGAGACGGCUGCUGGCCGGGAAGAAGGUAUCCAUGCGAAUGCCUUCCAUACCCGCCUUGUGGACAGCUGCUCCAGCAAAUUCCGAACAGAGGUUUUCCAGGUAGCAUACAGCCAAGUAGAUGGGCAAGUUCAUCACCUCAUAGGUCUGCGGGACUUCACAGAUCAGACAGCCUUGGCUGGCGAGAAGGCCGUGGACGCCAUGGAGGGCUGUGUUUCGAGCAUGAUCGAUGAAUUCUCAUGGGAGCCAGCGGAGAAGGCAGAUUUCAGGGACCGAAGCGGCGGGGACUCAUCGGAGUCUGAGCCUGGAGUCCAGGAACUGUCCGUGGAUGACUCGGUCUUCUUGUACGUCGACAUGCAAGGCUUGCGUGUGGCCGCUGCGUCCUUGACCGUCGCGCACAUGUCUGGCAAGGACUUGGGGGAGCUUCUCUCCGAGAAUGGGCUCAAGAUCUUACAGCAGAUAUGGGAGGAGGCGACAGGAGAGCAAGAAGACCUGAUGUACCCGCUCCAUCAGCUGAAAAUUCAUUGCAGCGAUGGUCGCUACUCCAAGAUCUCUGGCCGAGUCGAGGUCGCCAAGGCUUCGACGGGGGAGAUCUGCCUCCUGCUCUAUUUCAAGCCCACGCCUCGGAUCCUUCGGAGUUAUUGCCCGAGUUCAGAAGACCCCAUGCCCCAGGGAGCAGACACUGCUUCGGAGAAUGCACCCGUCGUGCACCAUUCCUUGUAA